AUGGCUUACCCAGAGACCUAUCAGUCCAUCAGGCGAACUCUCGGCAGCUUACCCCUGAGUAUUGAAGCCGCUACGGAGACACUACCCAUGACCCUUGGCUCCAACAACGUCGUUAUUAAAAUUCACGCGGUUUCUCUGAACUUCAGAGACGUCGGCAUACUCUAUGGACGCUAUCCCGCCAAGUCCAUAGACGGAGGUAUCAUCGCAUCUGACUGUGCAGCCGAGGUCGUAGCGGUUGGAGACGCUGUUGAAGACUUCAAGCUGGGUGACCACGUUGUGCCUAUCUUUGACAUCAACGACAUCGAUGAUUACAUUGACGAUGAUGUUGCAGCACUUGGAGGAGAUGCUCAAGGUGUUCUUCGAGAGUAUGGAGUAUUUGAGGCGAAACAGCUCGUUCACCUGCCCGAGUAUUUAUCCUGGGAGGAGGCAUCCACUCUCGCUUGCGCCGGAGUUACUGCCUGGAACGUGUUGGAUCUUCCCAGCGAUGCAUCCGAAAAGAACAUGAGCGUUCUGUUGCAAGGGACCGGUGGUGUGAGCAUGUUCUCCCUCCUCUUAUGCACUGCUGCCGGAGUUCAGCCAAUCAUUACAUCGUCUUCCGACCAGAAGAUCACUGCCAUCAAGAAGCUUCAUCCUUCGGUCCAAGGAAUAAACUACAAGACAACACCCGAUGUCGCAGCUGAGGUCCGGCGCAUUACCAACGGUAGAGGUGUCGACGUCGUGGUCAACAACACUGGUCCAGCAUCCAUCAUACAAGACCUGGAUGCUCUGCGCCAGAAGAACGGCCAUGUUUCUCUGGUUGGAUUCUUGGACGGAUUCAAGGCAGAGUGGGACCAGAGCGCGAUUCUGGGCUUCAUGAGCAAGAGAGCUAGUCUGAGGGGCAUUAAGGUUGGGUCCAAAAAAGACUAUAUCCAGCUCUUCGACUUCCUCGAGAAGCACAAGAUUGCGCUCACUCCUCUAAUUGACCGCGUUUUCCCUUUCUCCGAGUCUCGGGAGGCUUGUGACUACCUGUACUCCGGAAAGCACGUGGGAAAGGUGGUGAUCAAAGUCUGA